AUGGCUGACGGUAAGGCCACCCUAUGGUACUCAUGUUUCAUUUCUGAUAUAGAUGAUCAUGACCUAUCUAUGAUUCGAUCGGACUUGCAACUUAGUGAUGCUUAUGAACUCAGAGUUCCUACAGCCCAUGAACACUCCGCCAACCCUCCAGCAGGUUUCAUGACCGUCUUCCGAGACCAGCUUUUAGGAGAGGCUGCCAUGCUCCGAGCGUACUCAUCAGAUGCAAAACGCCGAACUGUCUCCUAUUUGAAAGCUUUAAGUACAGAGCUUAAGCACGGUUUGACAUCUUCUUCCCGGUCUAGCCCUUCUGCCUCACGGUCUGCUCCUUCUGCUUCACAGCCUGUCCCCCCGGCCUCAGCCCAGGAGGAAACUUCCUCGGUUAUUCCCCUGGGCGUGGCUCCUGUAGAAGACCUGGCCGCUGUAGAGCAGGUCGAUCUGGCCACUGAAGAGCAGGCCGAGGAAGAGCGAGCUGCAUCUCCCCCGCCAGCCAAACGUCUGAAGCUCCAGCGCAAAAGGAAGAAAGUUACUCCCGCGACUCAGGCGUCCCCUCCACCGCUUCCUUCUGGCCGUCGCUCAUCCGUCAUCUCUCAAUCUUUGGGGACCAGGAUUGUUACUCCUGACCGGGAGACGGCCCUGGGGCCAGUGGUUCCCACUUUGUCACCACGAACAUCAACCCCAACACCUGGUCGGGUUGCAACUCCCGAGCCAGCCUCUUUUCCCGCUCAGACCUCCUCUCCCGGGCCGCUACCUCCUCCCUUAAUGGACCAGCCCGGGAGUUCAGCCACCCUAUCUGCCUCCAUUCCGUUAUCUGCUUCGGCCUCUACCCCUCGAUCUCGGAGGAAAACUCCCAAGAAGUAUACCUUUACUGACUCGUGGUGCCUGCCUUCCUCUACAGAGUCCGGCGCCGCUGAAGAAACUGCAGAAGAGGUUCCUCCUCCGGUUGCCUUGGUUGAACGAGAGGGCGAUUUAGCGACGUCCUGGCGAUCAAGCAAUCAGAAGUUUUGGAAGAAUCCUCCGAUGGAGGGGCUGGAUCAAGCUGCUCGCCAGAUGGUUUCCGUCUGCUCUGCCAACUUGAGUGUCAUUCAAUAUGCCUCUCGCUUGCAGAAGGAAAAUGAAGUGUUAAAGGCUCGUCUUCAUGAAUUGGAGCUGCCCCUAACUCCCCCCGAUCCCCUCAACCCGACCCCCGGGGACUUAGCGAGCUAUCUCCGACUGAUUGGAGAGUUUGCAGAGUCCGCCCGCCGCAUUUCUCAUGUGGCCUUUGACAAAAUUAAGACUUUGGAAGCGACUCUGAAGACAAGCGAGUCCAGACUGGCUUCUGAGGCGGAGAGGCGUCGGGCGCUAGCAGCUGAGCUGGAUGAAAAGGAUGCCCGGUUGGCAAGUCUGCAGGAAACCCAUGAGACUCUUCAGAAGACUUUAACCGAAGUCCAAGGUCAAUUGGUUUCCAGCGCUGACCGGGAGAAGACCUUUCAAAGCCAGUGGGAGGCCAGCCAAGCGGCCCUUAAAUCCAUGCAGGCCGACCUUUUGAAAGCUCAAGAGAACGUUUUCUAG